AAAACUAGGUAUACCAAUAGCAACAACCUUCUCCCAUCUCCGGUUUUAAAUUAAGUCUAUUGUGAAAAUGCUUAGUUGAUAUUAAUAAUUAUAAUUAUACUGUGAUUAUUAUAGUUUAUCUUGUUAGUAAGCAAGUUGCUGGGUGUAGUUCUUUUACCAAACCAAAAUAAAUUAUAAAAUCUAAGCAACCAUGAGUAUGAAACAUUUAACAAAUAAAACUCCUAGGAUUCUUCAAGAACUCAUGCUGCAACAAGACAAUUCAAAAUGUUUCGAGUGCGGCACACAUAAUCCACAAUGGGCUUCGGUUUCAUAUGGUAUAUGGAUAUGUCUUAUGUGCUCGGGUAAACACAGAGGUCUUGGUGUGCAUUUGUCGUUUGUUAGAUCUAUCACUAUGGAUGCCUGGAAAGAUUUAGAACUAGAAAAAAUGAAAGUAGGAGGUAAUAAAAACGCCAAAGAGUUCUUUGAAUCUCAACCAGAUUGGAAUAACUCAAUGUCAAUUGAACAAAAGUAUAACACUAAAGCUGCAGCAUUGUACCGUGAUAAAAUUAUGAGUUUAGCAAAAGGUCAGCAAUGGAGUCCAACCACAUCAUCGGCAAAAGAUUACUCAGUGGAUCAUACAAAAACGAAAGCUAGCCAUGCACAGUCUUAUAGUUUUAAUGAACCUUCUACUAACUAUAGUGAAGUCAGUUCAGGGUAUCAAAAUGAUGCUAUUCUAAGUCAAAGUGUUAAAGAUGAAAAAGAAGCAUAUUUUGCUAAAAAACAGUAUGAAAAUGCUACACGACCAGACCAUAUACCACCAAACCAAGGGGGACGGUAUGCUGGAUUUGGAAACACUGUAGAGCCGCCACCUAGGAGUCAGUCUCAAGAUCUUCUCGAUUCUGCUGUAUCAUCGUUUUCUAGUGGCUGGUCACUAUUUUCUUCGUCUGCUUCCAAAAUUGCAUCUCGUGCAACCCAGGGUGCCAUAAAAAUUGGUGGAAUAGCUACUCAAAAGGUAACUGACAUAACCACCGACCUAGGUUCUAAGAUUAAAGAGGGUACUUUAAUUGACGGCGUAUCUACUCAAUUUUCUACAAUGACUUCAAAGAUUACUGAUUUGGGGCGAAAAGAUUGGCAAGAUAUUGGUGGCAGUAAUGUUCCUGCGCUUGAAAAAUCUCAUUCAACUGAUUUUGUUGUGCCAUCUACUGAGAACUCUUCACUCCUAAUCGAUGGUCCGUCAGGAAACACCAAAAACGUUCAAAGAAAAAACAGUUGGACCUCUUGGGAUGUAAACACAACACAGACAACGACAUCAGAUCAAACAACCGAAAAAUAUCAACCUAUUCAGGACGACUGGAAUAAUAAAUGGGAUAACAACUGGUGAAGUCUGUGUCAAAUUUUGACAAACAAUAAUAAUAUAACUGUUAUACUCCGCGCACUUUAAGAAGAUACCUGCCUAGCGGACCCAAACUCCUUAGUCGUCGCCUAGGUCAUAUCUGUAUGCACAGUAGGCAGUGCCUAACUAUGACGAUGUUGCGGGGUAGAAACAGGUCGUCGCCGACUCAACGAGGUAUCUUCUUAAAGUGCGCGGAGUAUAAACAAUAAUAUUGUGUAAAUAAAAAAAUGUUUAAUCAAAUUAUUGCCCUAUUACAUUUUAAAACAAUUGUCAAAGCCUAUGUUUAUCCAUGUUUUUUUUUUUACUCAAUUAUUUGUUAAAAUCAUGCCAACCAUACUUUCAUUAUAUAUAAAGCUCCCAAUAAAUUGUUUAUGCUGACUUUUUCCAUAAUAUAAUAAAUAAAUUAUAAAUUAAAUUGACCAUUAGUACCAGUUUUAGGAAUAUUUAACUGUACUUCUAAACUAUAUUUACAAUAAAUUAACAAAUAAGGAGGGGAACUGCAAGUUACUUAAAUUAAAAUUUUAUAUAUUCAUAAUGCUUUAUGUUGAA